CACUGACAGAGCGGCAGACUUGAGAGCUGCAACUAGUCGGUGCAGGAUGGUGUGAACUUCUGUGAAGACCUUGAACGAAACUAUUCUCCGACUUUUAAAUUCCAGACCUCUCUUAUCUUCUCUGGCUCUGUACUGGGAUCUGCUGCGUGAACGCAGCGUUUUUAUAUUUUUACCCGUGUGAGUUUUUUUCCCAUCAGUUUCUUUAAGUGAGCGUCUAUGUGACAGUAAGCUCUGGUUUGACCCUGACAUGGCUGAGGUACCGCCACCACAAACACAGCCGGUCGAAAUAGACCCGGACUUUGAGCCUCUUUCUCGCCCGCGUUCGUGCACUUGGCCGUUGCCCCGACCGGAGCUUAUCGACCCGGCCGGCUCCAACACAUCCUCCCCGGCACCGUCGGUGCAGCAGGAGCCGGGAGGAAACACCGAGUUCAUCAGUAACCUCGGCUUGUUGGAGGAGGACUAUGAAGAGUACACGGAGCAGAAACCGCCAGUCCCCUGUAACGAUUUUCAGUGUCGGGACGGAAACUGUGCGCAUCUACAUCACCACCAUCACCACCACCACCACCGCCUCCAUCACCUUCAGCACCAGCAGCAGCUCCCGGGUCCGCAGCUGCCGCCUCAGCAGCAACAGGUGCCUCCUCCCGGCGUCGCGCCCCUGAGCGGCUCCGGCCAGAGGAAGAGCAGCCACAGCUCGUCCCGUCGUAACGCCUGGGGGAACAUGUCGUACGCUGACCUGAUUACCAAGGCGAUAGACAGCUCACCUGAGAAGAGGCUGACACUGUCUCAGAUUUACGACUGGAUGGUGAAGAGUGUGCCUUACUUCAAGGAUAAAGGAGACAGUAAUAGCUCCGCGGGCUGGAAGAACUCCAUCAGACACAACCUGUCCCUGCACAGCCGGUUUGUACGCAUACAGAAUGAGGGAACAGGAAAAAGCUCCUGGUGGAUGCUGAACCCAGAAGGAGGAAAGAAUGGAAAGUCACCUCGACGCAGAGCUGCCUCCAUGGACAACAACAGCAAACUUGCCAAGAGCAGAGGAAAGGCGACAAAGAAAAAGAUGGCUCUACAAGAAGGGGCUGAGGGAGGAGCUGGCAGCCCUAGUUCCCAGUACUCUAACUGGCUUGGAAGCCCAAACUCCCACAGUAACGAGGACUUUGAAACCUGGAGCUCCUUUAGGACGCGUACCAGUUCUGAUGCCAGCACUCUCAGCGGUCACCAUUCGCCUUUCCCUUCCGAACAGGAUGACCUGGGGGAGUCCGACGGCCACUUGAUGUAUCCUGGCGCGACAGGGACCAAGAUAACCUCCACGCUGCCCAGUCUGUCUGAGGUUACUGGAUCCUUGGGCCAACAUGGCUCAGAGAAUGUCAUGGAGAGCCUGCUGGAUAACCUGAACCUGCUGUCUCCCAAAAACCCACCGCUGGGCUCCGACUCCUCGCAUUCCUCAAAUGCUGCCAUGCUUCAGAGUAGCCCCUACAACUCAUCUGGCUUGACCCCGCACACACAGCAGGACUACCGAAAGUGCAUGUACGGCCAGGUGAGGAUGAACCCUCUCUCCCCUGCUCCCAUGCAGACGCUGCCAGAGACCAAGCCUGGCUUUGGGGCUUAUGAGAACCAGUAUAUCUGCUCUGCUGGCCUCCUCAAAGAGUUGCUGACCACAGAUGCAGAUGCUAGUAGGGACAUGAUGACCUCUAGGGAUACACUGGUGUCCCAGGUUGGGAGGGGAGGUUGCCUGUUACCCACUUACAGCAGCCAGAGCCAUGCGGGGGGUCAUAGUGCAGUAAAAAUGAUGAAUCCUCCUCAGAGACACCCAGUUCCUCAUGUAAACCCACAAGCUAUACAUAGCCAGGGUCCUUCAACCUCACGAGACUUGAAUAGCUGUAACAUGAUCCCACUGACUAGCCUGACUAGUCUUUCAGGGGCUCCUCCUCGGAUGACCAGCCUGAGGACAUGCAUGCAGCAGCCCCGGGGACAUCCAGCACACACUAAUGAUGUCUCGGCAAGCUACGGCAGAAGUAACGGCUACAGGGAGCUUAACUCUGUUCACCCACAUGGUCACCAUCAGGAGCGGCUGCCCAGUGACCUGGACAACAUGUCCAUCGAGAGGCUUGAAUGUGACAUGGAGUCUGUCCUCCACGACACCCUCAUGGAUGAUGGGGCACUGGACUUUAACUUUGACCCCACAGCUGGACCUCAUGGGUUUCCCCAGAGGGUGAAGACCACCACACACAGCUGGGUGUCAGGCUAGGACACACUGUGGAUCACAAACAGGUUUUCUCAGCAUCUUGCCAUCAGUCACUGUGAUUUAGAGAUUGGAAAAAGCCACCACCAUUACUCUCCACAGAGCAUUUGACACAAAGUUUUUUUUCACAGUUUUGUAUGUCUUGAGUUGCAGCUCCAUGUCUAAGAAUGUAUGUUACUUUACACUUCUGUUUAUCACUCAGAUCCAGAUACUGAAAUAAGACACAGCAGCCAAACCUGUUGCCAUUUAUAACAGCACUGAACCUGUUUAAAAAAUAUUUUAUGACAGAAACUGACAAGCCUGCAUUUGCAAACUAGUCUUGUUUGUCUUAUAUUUGAUUAUUUUUGCCGAUUCAUGGCAUAUUAAAAUAUAUAGUAUAGUAUAUCAAAUAAGACAGAGUGCCUGACAAAAAAAAUAGCCUGUAAAAAAAUUAUGCAUAUGAUUUGUGGCCAGUUUGGUACCAUCUGGUGAAUGGAGCCAGUAUUGGAUUAAUAUGGAGUCAACACAGCAGUAUGAAGUUAGUGAUAACAGCAUCUUUCCUCAGUUUCAUUGAACUCAUUAAGUGGUUUUUGGUCCUGUGCUUAAAAUUUCAUGUAUAGACUGAAAUUGGCACUGAAAUCUUGCUGUAUAAUGUUCUAAUAGACCCAAAAACCUGCCCAGUCAGAUGUUCUGUAUGGUCUGAUCAGUGAGACAAAUUUCAGAUUAAAUUUGAGAUAAUGUUUCAGCAUCCAGCCCCGAAUGGCAAAAGAUUACACUCUCACUCUAGUGAGAUAAUUAGGCUUGAUAGAUAAACCAGUGUAUCAUCGUCAUAGUGAAACACAUUAACACAUUAACAUUAUCAAAAUAGCGAAUUAAGCCAGAGGAAAUGUACAGUGUACAAAAGGAUAUGUACAGUAAUGGACCACAUAGCAGAUUGUGAAAAAAACACCAGUAAAUCCUUGAUAGAAAUUUUGACACAAGCUGCAUCUCUGACUGAAAUUAUCUCAUCAUUCAGAUACUGUAUGAAAAUAUUUAUUUAUGUUUUUACUCUAAGUUUAGCUGAUGGAUUUUUGCUUUUUACUUUGUAUGCUUAUGAAAAUGUGUGUGCCUAUGCUGUGUACAAUGUGUAUACUGUAUUUGAGUUAUAUGAUAUUGUAUUGCUGUAAUUUUUUUUUUUUUUUUUACGUCAAACUAAUAUUAAAGAAGGAAAUUACAGAUACAUUAGAAAUGUUGCCUUCUGAAAACAGUUUACUAAAAGUCUGUAUCGGUCUCAAUUAAUGUAGAGAAGUUUUCAUGCAGUAAGAGAUGUUGAGAAAUUGUGAGUGUUUGGGAACACCUAUCGCACAGGUCCCUAAGCAUAUUAUUUUGCCUCAUCAGACUCAUUAAUUAUGAAUGUUGCUGUCAGGGGAAAACCUCCCAACUCUCUCUAUGAUUACAUGAACUUCUGUGGCUAUGAAAAACAAAAACUGCUUUUGAUGAACUGGUGAUCAAAUGGUGAUCAAGUUAAAGUCAAAGCUCACUCACUGAAAAAGGGACAUUUUGGGGAACUUUGGAGAUUUUGACCUGACUAAUGCUGUCUGAUACAGGGUGAGCAGGAGUAGGUGGAGAUGAUGAGAUCCUGAAUUGACUGGAAAUGGAUGAUGGCCUUCAAAGCUCAGCUACAGUUUUUAUGCACCAAAGAGUUCUCUACUCCACCAAACGCAAUUCAACGAAAGCGUUCGCACUGUGCCUACACGGUCUUACAGACUUUUAAUGUUGUAAAUAUUAUUUUCUUCAGUAGUACAUUUUUGUAUAUGAAGGUUUUAAAUUACUUGUAAGAAUUGUACUGAAAUAUUAUACUCUUAUGUAUGAUUGUGUUAGAAAUGGUUGUUUACAUAUCUAAGUCCAACCUAUAUCAAUAAAUAUAUGAACACUCAUACCUCAAAAUAUUUUACCUCUGAAGUGUUGAAGGGAUUUUUCCUGCCAUUUUCCUCAGUGAGUAAUGUAUUGAAUUCAUCUCAAUUUUUACUUUUUUGUGUGUGUGUUUGAUUAAUUCUGAAACCAGUUGUAUUUGGACCUGUUCAUCUGUCUUUGCAUUUCUAAUGUUUUCUUGUGCUUGAGGAUUAUAGCCAUUAGUUUAUAGUAAACGUUAUGUGACAGCACAGCUACAGCUUAAAUUAAAUACAAAUUUGUAUGAAAUUAUAGAUUUUGAAAGACUUUUAAAAAAUGUAUAUUCAUGUGUUCAGUCAAAACUCAAUGUAAGAAAUUCAGUAGACAUAAUUGAAUUAUGUUGGGGCAUAAAAGUACUAUUUCUAGAAUUACUGAAGCCUAUUAAAAAUAAAAUAUGUGAUAGGAGUAUUUUAGUAAUGGGUCAACAUAGCUACCUUGCACAAAUGAGAUUAAAUUUACAAAAGUACUUGAGCCUGUUACAUUUGAUGAUGAAAAAGAGCAUAGUGCAUUUUUAGGUGUAAUAUUUGACAUUACACAAAUGAUGACAUCUACCUAUGUGCAAAUAUUAUUUGCAGGAAAAUAUUGAGUGUCUUAUUUUGUCUUUGAUAUCUACAUCGAGGUAUUGUUGAAAUAAUUCUUUUUUUUUUUUUUUCUAUGUAACCCAUUCCAGGGCAUAAAUCGCCAUGUCAGCUCAUAAUUAAAGGAAGAAAAACAGA